GCGCUCGUGCCCUCCGAUCAUCAUCCCUUUCCCGCCACGUUCGCUCUCUCUCUCUCUCCUUUUUCUCUCUUUUUGGCGGGGGCGGGAGAGAGAAAUGGCGCCGCCGGUGGCGGCGGUGGCGGCGUUCCUGGUUGUGGCGGCGAAGAUCGCCGGCGCGUUGGCGGCGGUGACGGUGGCGGCCAACGCCGCCUCCUUCGCCCGCUACCGCCGCCGCCACCUCCGCCCCAUCCAUACCCCCCUCCACGACGACUCCGCCGACGUCCUCGCCCAAUUCGACGUCGCUGUGGCCGCCGCCGCCUCCUCCUCCACCGCUGAAGAGGAGUAUAAGUUCUUUUUCGGAUUGGCAACAGCACCUGCUCAUGUAGAGGAUAGGCUUAACGAUGCUUGGCUUCAGUUCACUGCAGAACACCCUUGUGGUGACGCAGAAGCAGGUCAGAAUCUGCAGCGAGCAGAAGCCAUAUUGUCUUCUGCUUCUGGUGACGGAGGUUCUCAACAAGCUUCUUUGCCCUCCGAGGAUCAAAGGGCUAGAGAGAAAAGCACAAGAAAGCCUCUUAAGAUUGCCAUGGAGGCCAUGAUCAGAGGAUUCGAGAAGUAUUCAGAUGCAGAAGAGCCUAGUGACGGCAAAGAUUGCAGCCAUACUGUUGCUGCUUGGCACAAUGUACCUUGCCCACAGGAGAGGUUGAGAUUUUGGUCUGAUCCCGACACUGAACUGAAGCUGGCUAAAGAGACCGGUAUUACUGUUUUCCGGAUGGGAAUAGAUUGGGCGAGGAUAAUGCCUACGGAACCGACAAAAGGGCUUAAGGAUUCGGUUAACUUUGCAGCACUUGAGCGCUACAGAUGGAUCAUAGAAAGAGUUCGCGCGUAUGGAAUGAAGGUGAUGCUUACGCUCUUUCAUCACUCACUUCCUCCUUGGGCUGGAGACUACGGAGGAUGGAAAUUGGAGAAAACUGUUGAUUAUUUCCUGGAUUUCACAAGGCUCGUUGUUGACCGUGUAUCAGAUUUGGUGGAUUAUUGGGUGAUAUUCAAUGAACCUCACGUAUUUGUCAUGCUAACUUACUGUGCCGGUGCUUGGCCUGGUGGAAACCCCGAGAUGAUCGAAGUGGCGAUGUCGGCUUUACCUAUUGGCGUAUACAAUCAAGCAUUGCACUGGAUGGCUAUUGCUCAUUGCAAGGCCUAUGACUAUAUCCACCAAGAAGGCAGAAGUGUUAAGAAACCUGUAGCUGGAGUUGCACAUCAUGUCUCCUUCAUGCGACCGUAUGGCCUGUUCGACGUCGCUGCUGUGACACUCGCUAACUCAUUAACUCUAUUCCACUAUGUGGAUAGCAUAUGCGAUAAGCUAGAUUUUAUCGGUAUAAACUAUUAUGGGCAGGAGGUGAUUUCUGGGCCUGGGUUGAAACUUGUCGAAAACGACGAGUACAGUGAAUCUGGACGCGGUGUUUACCCUGACGGUUUAUACCGUAUUCUGCUUGAUUUCCAUGGAAGGUACAAACACCUAAAUUUGCCUUUUAUAAUCACUGAGAAUGGAGUUUCUGACGAGACCGAUUUGAUCCGACGGCCAUAUAUGCUUGAGCAUCUUCUAGCCAUCAAUGCCGCCAUGAGAAUGGGUGUACCUGUGAUUGGUUAUCUAUUCUGGACAACAUCCGAUAAUUGGGAAUGGGCUGAUGGGUAUGGUCCCAAAUUUGGACUCGUAGCAGUUGAUCGAGCUAAUAACCUAGCGAGGAAACCUCGCCCUUCAUAUUACCUCUUCUCUAAGGUGGUGAAAACCGGCGAAGUGAGGAGAGCCGAUAGGAUGCGUGCUUGGAGCGACCUGCAGCGAGCGGCUCUUCAAAAGAGAACGCGGCCAUUUUUUAGAGCAGUAGACAAAAAUGGUCUUAUGUAUGCAGGUGGAUUGGAUGAACCUAUUCAGCGAGCUUUCGUGCUAAGGGACUGGCGGUUCGGGCAUUAUGAAAUGGAUGGCUUACAAGAUCCUUUUAGCCGCUUCCUGAGGUUUAUCACUGCACCAUUUUCUCGCAAGAAGAAGAAUGUUGUGGAUCUAGUUGAAGAUGGUGAUGCGGUUCCUGAUGUAGCGGUUUAACAUGAAAGGGAUUUUGAGUUACAACCAAAUGUUCGGGAACUUUUUAAUCUCCUGGUCUACUUGUCAAUUAUGCAAGGCAAACAUUCAAUGUGGAUGGUUUUAGUUUCUGAAGUGAGUAGCAGAUGAAAAAAAAAUGUGAACCAUGUGUUUAUGUUGUGUGGAUGGAUUUAGUUUAUGAAAUUGUAAAUAAAAUUGGCUCUUGGCUUAUUGUACAGAAGAAUGAAGAACAUAGAAAGGAAGCUUCCUUUCCUUUAUUUUCUCUUUUUGAUGCCUCAAGUAGUAAGAGGGGUUUUGUUUCAAUGCAGCGUAGACAGAGUUGAUGUAAAGGGGAAAUUGUAUGGAUAUUGGAUAGUUGAAAUUUGUUACACUUAUAUUUUAA